CUUUUUUUAGCCCGCGGAUCUUCGGAAAUCAACAAUAACAGAAAGUAGUAUAUUAUUGGUCUGCUCCAGUUUAGGCAGUUAUCCACAAUGUUCACAUCUUAACUGCUCGAAGGAAUGAAAAAGUUACUAAUCAAUUACGCAUAGGUAGUAAGAUGGGUUUUAAUUUUUUUUUAUUAAAUAACAAUCUUUAUAAUGUUUAGCUUGUAUCAGUCUAGCCCGUUAAUUUGGGUGUUUAUUAAUUACUCCUUUAUUCACAUUCUUAUUACCUGCCUUCGACUACGUGAAGUGUUCGUAAAAUGUUUUAAAUAAAUAAUCCUAUCCAGCUACAGAUGACACCCCUACACUCUCGUCUCGGAACAACUGCGCACAACCUCACUCUCGGCUGAGCUUUCCCUCGGCAAAUGCGUGUGUUGCGUCAUUCUAGAGUGCCGGUUCCCAACCCCUGCUUUUAACCGACUAUGUGACCUAUCUUCGCUGUACUACUUGACAUACUACAGCCUCGUAAGAUGAAAACAAAGGAGCUUGCUGAAGACGAUGGCAUCAUUGAAGAUGUAGUUCCGAUUCCGGUGCAAAUCUUCCUGUGGCGUCUGACGGCACCCUUUGUGCGUCCGAGGCUCGGGAGGGUCCACGAUGAUGAUUGCAUGUUCUGUCAGAGAGCUCCAGGCCAUCAUGAAAUAAAAAAAGCAGCAAAGUCAUUUGAAAAAGCUUUGGUGCAAAAUCUUCGCUUGGGUUUAUCCAUUAGCCCAACUGAAUCAGAGGCGAUAGAAACGAUCCCACGAUGGCGUUUAAUACAAGCUGCAUUUCCUCAUGUGAUGCACUCUUUAGCAGCUUUACUACACAACAGAGUAAAAGACAACAUGCAAUCACUAGGCAAUGUGGAAACAACACUCCUGUAUACACUUCACUGGCUCCUCCUUGAUGCUUCAGACGAAUGUGCUGAAAAUGAUUACGAAAAUGGAAUAUUUUACUCUAAUCCUUUCCACUAUCUCUUUUCUAUUCCAUCGAUCACACUCUUCGUAUUUCUAUUUGCACCAAUAUCUCAACAUCUAAAAGAGUCAGACUUUACCAACAACUACCGUUUAGAAAAUGGACUUAAACUAUGGCAAGCCAUGUGGGAGUUCCGUCAUCCUGAUGCAGCAUGCUUUACUACUCUUGUGAAACCAAAGCCUAAACCUUUAGGUGGCAAAUUCUCAAAGAGGACACAACAAGGCGAUAUAUUUUUAGGUCGUAAAUUCUCAAAAGAAGAUGCACCUGUUAACGGCAGUCCACCAAGCCAGAAUGUCUCUGUUUCACAAUCAGAAGCUCCAUCCAAACAGGCCAGCACAGAAGAAGAACCAUGGCUUUCUUCCCCUAAGGACACAAUCUUUCCAGAAACUAUACCAGAAGAGAGCUCUAGCACUGAGGAAGAACAUGUUUUUAUUUACCGCUUACCAUCAGAGCAAAACUUUGGUGAGGCAAUCAAAGAAACGUAUACAGUUUAUUCCGCAGAUCCCAGCAUAUUUCAGCUUCGAAAGUCAGAUGCUACUAAACAACCUCUACCGGGUAUCAAACCCUUGCCACCAGUUACAAAAAUGAGCUCUUCAGAUAAAGAGUCUUUAUCAGACAGUGGCGGCGGUGGGCAACCUCAAAAAAGUACUUCGACAUCCACAGAGAAACCUCCUUCAUCUAAACAAGUUCAUGUAUCCUCUGCUACUUUUCUGGAUGUCGCUACGUUGCGGUGUCUUUUUACUUCACAAUGGCAAGAAGAAGGUGUAUACUGGGCUUUGCAUUACUUAUAUAACAGGUUACGUGACAUAUGUGAUGAUAUUUCCAAACAAACUCAGCCAAGAAAGAGAAGCAACUCUCUACCCAUUCCCAAGAUAGAAGUGUCUGUUUAUCAGAGUCCAGAAAUUAAAGAACGUGAUUCGCUAAAGAAUUUUAUGGAAGUUCCUGAACUAAAAGAUAUGUCUCCACUGGCAGAGAUACCAUUUCCAGUUAGUCCGAAAAUCGAAGAAGAAUCUGUAAUGAUGAGACGAUCAAGCGAAAAAAUUAAACGUAAAAUGAAAAUGGCCGAUUUGAAAGCGUUCGUAGAGACCAAGCUUUUAUCAAAAUCGGACAAAGCUUUAGAAAAGAUCGGUCAAGAAGACCACAAGUUUUCCUUUCAUACUGCAGUAAGAAUGAUAUCUGAAUACCAUAGAAGUCUAGACCAUACAGAUGAUAGGCCAAAUUCUGCAUUGGGAACCAACUUUCCUACAUUUGCCCCUAGACUAACAGGCGAUUUGUUUCAGUGCAAUCUUAUCAAAGGAAAGAGUAUGCCAAGCUUAAGAUACAUUGGGGAAGUGAGGACGGAGCGAGCGCAUGGACCUUCGCACACUAUGCCCUCUUACGUUCAAAAGAAAAACAACCCUAUUAUCACAGUCACAGAGCAUACUCCCACUCCGUCACCUGACUACAUGUCGAAGACGCGACAGGGUUCCAUGGAGUCCCAAAUCGAUUCAGUGAGUAUGCAAGGCUCCCAACACAUACCAACGCCUGAGCGUAAGCCCAGCCUCACUCGAUCGCAAACAGAUUCUAAUAUAACAUACGUCGUGGAAGAGAUACAGGAGGUGCCUGGGUCUGUUCAUUACAUUACCAAAGAUGGAGAAAUUGACUUCCAAGUCGUUUUAAAGGCUGUAUAUUCAGUAUCAACCAUGGACAGUUUCUAUAUAACUCUUCGUGUUAUGGAGGUAACUCUCAACUUGGUUGAUACCCUUAUGGAAAUUGGAGUGCACAAAAACUGGCAAAACAACCUACCUGAGGAUCCUCAGAUUGGUACAUCAGUUGAUCCCCUGAUCGAUUUUAAGGACAAAGAGAAUAAGGAAAGGGAUUCGGGUAUUCCAUGUGCUCAAAGCCAAGAUUCGACUAAUAUAGAAGGCGGAGACAGUACUAAAGAUAAAACAAAGGACGAGGAAAACUUAGAUUGUCCGUAUUUCAUGAUCCUUCAUAUAACACUGAGAGUUCUCCGUCAACUAGGCUGUUCUCACGGUUGUAUGACAGCUUUGAGAGGACCCCAAGCAGAAUGCCUUCGAGUGCAAGCUAGGAAUUCCCUGAAAGAACUAAGGUCUGCUUCGAUACCUAAGUUCACGUUGCGACUAAAGGAAAUGACUAAAUACGCACCAAUAAGAGAAGUGCUUGAUAACCUCCAUGCCACUGUUGGCUACUGCGUUGAACCAGCUUCUUUGGUUUCUCCUAUGAGUCAACAGAAACGCAGUAACAAAUAUCCAGACAUAAGCCACCUGCAAAACGGUUACGCCACAAACUUUGGUGCUAACCAAGGUGCCAAUGCAAACAGAAUCAUAGAGACGUUCUUUAUAGAGGCUACUUUUAGAGUGCUCGUCACUCGAUUUGCUCUCAUGCAUAAGGAACUGAAAAUGUUAGAUAACACUAAACUAUACAUGGAGGUUCGCCUCUUAUUGUGCUACGUCAGAGAAGCUCACGGAGGUAUAUUCCGAGUGGUUGCCUUCAGCGGUCUCCUAGAUACCGCCGAAAGACCAGACAGCCAGCAAAAAGAAUCUAAUAUGCAAACAACUCGAGUCAUAAGGCACGUACCGCGUACGGCUGACGAUGAACGGGGUUCCGACACAGGGGCAGAUUCGGGAUGUGCUGCCGAUGACCGCAGCCACAAGAAAUUCACCUUCAAAAAGAGGAGCACAUCUUCCACCGGCGCUCAUAGCCUGCUAGAAACUGAGGGUGGAGAGGAAUCUGCCAGUCAGUCCCCACUUUCGGUUCGUACGCGACGCUAUCAACUAACGCCUCGCCAAUCAGAGAGGACAAUUCCGUCCGCAUCUUCCGCCGAUAUAACCCCGCACCAUAAGAUAUCGCACUCUAAAUCAAUCCCGUCCAAGUUUCACAUCAGCGGCAUCGUGAACUGGUUUCGACAAAAACCUCAAUCGCAAUCUCUCAUCCGUAACGGUGGGGGGUCCGGCGAAUCUCUUCCCAUAUCGGGCAGCAUGAUAUCGCUGGCGAGGCCUCCCCACGCGCCUCCGCCGCUGUCGAGCCGCCCGGUGCAUGUCAAACGACGCGUGGGUUACACUUUGAACAGAGCCAGAAAACGCGUCGAAGAUAGAUUGAACAGAUUCGGGCUGAGGAAAAUGGGGAAAAAACGUGACGGCAGCAUAGAAGAGACAAGUGGCGGUUAUAUGUCUCGCCGUGGCUCAGCGGAAGGCGGUUCAGGUGGUGGGGAAUCGGAAGUGGUAGUGUUGAAACGGAGACGACUAGUGGCAGCAGCACCAUUAUACGCUGGAUUGGCGAGAUUCAAUUUCUUGUUAGACGCGACGCAACCUGGAGCGAUGCCAGACGCGCUUUUCAUGGCCGCACUUUUGGAUUUGCCGCAUACGGUCGUCGUUGGAAGAGCUUCAAUUCUACUGGAAUGCGCCCACUUAGUACACAAUUGCAACAAGGGUCAAUGGCCAUAUUGGCUGAAAUCGAACAUCGCUAAAAAUUCUGUGUCUUCAAGUCCACAAUUGAGAAGACGCCUGGCUGGGAAACUAUUCUAUCAAUGGGCUGAAGCCCUCGGCAACAGACUAGAGGAAAUGCUUAUUGAAGACAAGAAGCACCUCGAAAAUGUUGGCAACUUGGUGACGGAUCCGGAUGGACAACGUGAGCUUUUGCAACAAGACGAAGAAGAAGAUUUCCUUGACGAAGCCAGCAUUCGUCUGCCUGGCAAACCGAUUGGAGCCGAAUGCCCUCGAGCUCUAAGAUUAGUUGCCUGCGUUUUACUCUACGAAAUCACUGCCUUCCUACGCGAAACAUACCAGAAUUUACCAAAAUCCUGCCGAUCAUCGCUAAAGGAAAGAGGACCUUGGGACAGAGUAUACAGGGAAGCGAAUCGUCGUUGGAGCAUGGCUUUGUCGAGUAUGGGACAUUCUCAAGCAUCAGCACAGAGUCUGCAAUCUAUUGCUGGCGCUGAAACUGAAAGGAAGAUAUCUUUCGUCCUGCAUGAACCAGAAAAUGUUUCCGGAGGCAGUAAUGUUACAUUGGCAGAUGCAAUUCCACCAGUCGUAGACGAGAAGAAAGGUCGUUUAGGAUCGAGGGGUAAAGCGUGCAUGCACCGUCGCAACACUCAACAAACACACUCCGCUUACGGUUCUAUAAAGCGACGAUCCAUAAAACUCCGCCAAAAGGACACCAGGGAAGUCGACGAAUGGGGCACUGUGAUAAUGCCAGGUGAGGUUGACAGUGGCGGCGAAGAGAGUCCGGGCGUCCUGUCCGACGAUCACGACCAUCCCCCGGACAGUCCAGACAGUAACUCCACCGAUCCCCCCGAUAACAGCAAGGGAUUCCCGUGGAUGAAGAUAAUGGUGAAGUUCUUGAACUCGUUCAACUACGUGUGCUGCCAUCAGAACUUCUGCCAUCCAUAUUGUUUUCGACGAAACAUGAGAGCCUGCAUCAGAUUAAUGAAGUCCGUACGAAAGAUCUAUGGUGAAAAAUUCGGUCCUGAAAUCCAUAUCACUAGUUCAGAUGAUACCGGGGGAGGAGCUAGACGCGGCCGGCGUGCUAGGAAACCAUCGGAACAUUCUACAGACAAAAUCGACCGAUCCGUCAUAGAAUCCGGCGGGCUAGCUUACCGCGCGGCCGGCGUGGAACAUUCGCUUCCUCACGCCGAAGUACCGCUAAUCACCAAACCCGGGGCCAUGCCUUACCCGCCACCUGACCCACCACCCAUACUGAAGUACUUGAAGACACAGGUCCGCGAUGCUCAUCACACGCCUUUGGCGACACUAAUCAAAGGCGCUACAACUAUGAGCGAGGAACUAUUCGCCGAAUCAGCACCAGUCGCGUGGCAAUUACUGCUCGAACCAGACCGGGAAUUGAGUUCUUGUGCCGCUGCUAUGUUCAUAUUGGCCGCUGUUAAAACCCCACAUACCGCUUCUGAAAUUAUGCACCAGGACUUGAAACAUACCGAACCUGGGGUUAGAAUAAAUGCAAUACUACGGUUUCAAGUAAUGUGGAAGCUUCGUUACCAAGUGUGGCCCCGAAUGGAGGAAGGAGCUUCGAUGACCUUCAAAGUGCCUCCGCCAGGCAUCGAAUUCACAUUGCCAUCGCCGAAGAUAGGGAUCGAAUCAUUGGCCGUAGUCGAUCCGCCUUGGAGUCCGCAAGUCAAAGACAAGGAUAUGGAGAUGACGUUGAAUCAAGAAAGACAUCGAUCUUUAGUUACAGCGACUAAGACUCGAAAGAAACAACAGACCGAAGCGAUAAAAAGGGCAUUGCAGCAACGCAACGACAAGAAACGAGCGGAAAGAGAGAGUUUCCUCAUCACAACCAUACCUAUAACUCGUCAAGCUGCCAGGGAACCUGCCUUAGAUCAUGCUGCCGACGACCACAUCGAACCUCCAGCUGACGAAGAGAUGGUAGAAGGAGUACGUGGCUCCCACCACACUCAGGUCGCUUCGGCAUUAUUUCCCUCCGUAUUGUGCUCAGCGGUGGCUGAAAUCAUAUCGCUUUUAGAUGACGCCGCCGUAUCGCAUGAUGGAUGUUCAGUGUACGAAGUCGCUUAUCAGGUGAUAUGGGGUUGUCUAGUGGAAGAUUCCGCGCUCUUCCUGCGCCAUGUUCUAGAAAGACUCACGCGAGAUCAUCAAGACGAAAUGUUCAAGUUGCUGCGACAUUUGAUCCGUUUCAUUCCCCGCUUGCCGCAACAAGCUGCGUUCGCGCUGUACAAUUACAUCAUAGGUUACGUCAUGUUUUACGUGAGAUCUCCUCAUGAGGACGGACAGAGAUUAAUCGGAGCAGCCCUCUCUAUAUUGUGGAUGGUGGUUCACAGUGUUCACGGUAUCAUGUUCAAAGAUUUGAAACAGAUUCUGCGCAAAGAGCAAUGCGAUGCUUCUAUAUUACUCACAGCAAAUGUUCCAGCUGCUAAGAAAAUCAUCGUUCAUGGACCUUCGGAUAACGAAGGCAGUAUUCCGUCCCAGUUCCCAGUUCAAGAGGACACGGUUUUCUCGCAAAUCUUGAAGGAGUCUCUAGAUUUCUUUGGUAUUCCAGAACAUCUGCAUCGGGAACAUUUCUUGGUUGAUUUCAAAACACGUCAAAUCCACAACCCGCAGAACUACGUGCGCGACCAUUACUUUUUCAAACGCUCCCAAUAUCCGCAGUUAGGGCUAGUGCACAUGGAGCCCGAGGAAGCAUUCCAUAAACUGCAAAAACAAGAGUUGCUGAUGAAAUUUGUUGAAAUCGGAAAGGUUCUGCUUACUUGGGCUAUCCUCAAGAACGUCGACAUGGUUGUGCAGCGCGUAGUAUUUUUGCAUGACGAGUUGAUGAAAUUGCCGUCAUUCCCGCGGAAGGCGCUGGAAGCUGACUUGACACUAUAUAGCCGUGGACCUUUAGGCUCUACGCUUCUAGGAUUGGAUGUUUUACACAAAUUCAUGUGGGUCCGUUUGAUAUCUCGCAUGUUUGAAGCUAUGGCCGGUAAUUUUACCUCAUCCAGAGACAUUCAUUUAUUCCUAAAUGUACUAAACGGUGCUCUAAUGUUGCACAGUGAAGAUUCGCUAAUACUCAGAUACGUUAUAGCGACUUACGUCAAUGCAGCUUUCAACUUCAAAAGCAUAUUUUCUACUAAUGGCUACCUCCUAAUCAUGCCAACAUUGUUGCAAAUAUACUCGAAUUUCCAAACGAACAAAUUAGUCACCACCACUAUAGAAUACGCUGUGAAACAGUUCUACCUUUUGAACAGAAAGCCAUUCAUAUUGCAAAUGUUCGGAUCUGUCUCUGCUAUACUGGACACGGAUGAAGAAUCUACGUACGGUGAUGCUAGUAAAGUACAAUCGAGUUGCCUAUUCAAUCUUCUGCUUAGUUUGGAAACUCCAUCGCCGGAUCCUUUGCACAUAGCAGAGCUGAUAAAAGAGGAGAAACCACUCAAACCCAUAGACUUUUGUUAUCGAGACGAAGAAGAAAUGGUAAACGUUUUGGAUUGCAUCAGUCUCUGUGUGAUGGUCGUCUCGUAUUCCGCUGAAAGUAUGAGGGGCUACCAGAUGCUUAUUAUAUUAGAAGCAAUACUACCUUGCUACGUGAAACAAAUUCAGCUACCAACUUAUAACAGGGAAGGAAAAACCGAAAAAGAAAUCAUUCAGCAAUUGGCCAUCGCAAUUAAAACACUAGUCAACAACUGCGAGGGGCUGUCUAAAUCGUACAACGGCCCCUACAGAACGUCCCCCGAACACAAGGGAUCGUCGCAGCGCGCCGUACCGAGGUCUGCGGCCACAAACAUCAUAUUCGACGAAUCUCACUCCAAGUUUGACAACUCCAAGAUACAAGUGCCAGAGUUUACUGGAGCUGAGGACUCUGAGUUGGUCCGGGCCGAAUACCGUCGUCCCCGAGAUGUGCUGCUGUCUCUGGUAGGAGAGUUCAUCGGUAGGGCGACGACUCGACUGUUGGACCUCAACGGCUCUAAGGGCAGCGGCGGUAGUGAAGGAAAGCCCGUCGAGCUUCUAGACUCCAAGUCACAUGCGCGACUCGCGGAAAUAGCACACUCUCUCCUGAAAGUGUCACCAUACGACCCCGAGUCUAUGGGAUGCCGGGGCUUGCAGCGAUACAUGACGCAAGUUUUGCCGGCUGCUGAUUGGGCGGACGACGCUUUGAGACCAGCACUCAUCAUGAUACUCAGAAGGCUAGACAAGGUCUUCCUUAAGAUAGCUAAGAAACCAAGUAUACGGAGAAACACAGACUGGGAUUCAGCGGCCGUACUACUAAAAGGUGUAUACGAAACUAUGAUAAGAUGUCCAUACAUAAUGCACUGGCAGCAAGUGAAGACACUUCUUAAUACAGUUCAGGCUCUUAUAGUAUCCGAGAACAAUUCCGGCGAGAAUCUAUCUUCUGCGACCGCUGCGCUUAUGUCGCAGCCACCGCCUCCGCAUUUUUGUAGUACAGUUGUACGACUGAUCGCGUUACAAGUCAUUAACACUGGGGAUAGUUAUUCGCUGGAACAAAUGUGUGGCGGCAGCGCAAUAUUCCAAAACGCCGAGAAGACUGAAAACAUGCUGAUGAACUUAUUCAUGCCGCUCUGUUUGCGUGUUGGAAGUGGCAGAAAAGACGUACCACCACUCCGCCAAUCAGACGUGAGCUACCUAGUAUCGGUUGUUCUGAACGCCUUGUGCCCCCCGGCGCCGCCUGGACAAUUAGCCGCAGUUAAUGCUAAGCUGAACGCGGCCGAUGCCAGAGCCAACUCGCUCACAUUCACAGGCAGUAGGGACACUAGGAACACCACGAGGCUGUCAAAUCAACUGUACAGGAUCGCGUUUUUGGCAUUGAAAGUGAUGUGCGCAUGCUUCACAAGCGAACUGUGCUCCGAAUGGGGUCGUAUAGCGAGAGCUAUGCGAGAUCUCGGGCGUCGCAAUGAAGCUGCGCACCAUCUGUGGGACUUCCUAGAGCACUGCGUCACUUAUCGGACGCCGCUGUACAUACUGCUGCAGCCGUUCAUAGUGCAUAAGCUGUCACAACCACCUAUAGGCGACAACGAAAGGCACAUGCAGUUCGUAGUGCGGGAACGAGUACGUGGUUUAAAGUUGCCGGCAGCUAGGGCUCGGGGCGCUCUCUUAGCGGAGUUAGCCCGAGAAUUGAGAACUAUGAGAGAUACCCAUGAUCAGUUCAAGUUCGAACAAAUAGCCGAGAAUCUCGGCCAGGGCGGGGGCAAACGGGCCUCAGAAGUGUUUCCGCGCACUACGACCGCCCCCGAAAAGCACCAGCAACAUCGACCCUCGCUCAUAUCGAUGCUGGUAGGAAGAGCUGGUGCUUUGCCCAGGACUCCAGACCAUCCUUCAGCCCCAUUAUCGGCUCAACGAGAAUCUGUAUCCAGCGGAUCUACUACGAGCCAGCAUAUGCAGGCAUUUGAUGUAACUGGCAGCGGCAGACUCAGCGACAACAGUAACAAUCACGGCAGUAAUACGUCACACAUGGGUUCCAACAACUGCAGCGACACCAAACCUACAGCUAGUACCCCGUCGUAUGGAAGUACGCAAACUAAGCUUCGCUUCGUCCCUUCAGUGGAGUUCAAGUUGACUUCAGCGGGUGAGACGUCAAUGUCUCCACUAUCCCCGCUCUCGCCGCGUGACGUCAGAGACUCCGAAUGCAGUAUCGAUGGGGAAGGCGCUUCCCUUGUUCGCGCCGAAAGCGAAGCAGACGGCGCCGACAAUAAUGACCGGCCUCGUCUUCAUCGGGCGCACGGGCCGUCCAAGAAGACCUUCAAGUUCCGGCGCAGCAGGAAUACCAGGCCCGAGGUAUCGCACGUGCGCCUUGAAUCAGACGAGUGUUCCUCACCGGGCGCUGAUAGCACCCCUCUUCGCAGACCCUGGCCUCAAACCCCACUACUGCUACCAAGUAACAUCCACACGGACACUUCGUACGACAGCGAGAUAUCGCAGACCUCAUCUACGUCGGGAUACAGGGAGAGCUACAGCCUCCAAGCGUCUAUGACGGAGUCUCCGGGCGGCUCCCUCCGCGCGGCGCUGGCGUCCCCCGACGGCGGCGACCAGAGCGCCACGCCGCGAGCUAGCCCCGACGCUUCUUUGAGCUACGAGUCGGGCACGUCGUCUGCGGAGAGGACUGCUCUUUUAGGCGCCGCCAGUCAACGGUCGCUUUUACUCAGCAGUGACUUGAGAGAUGAAGACACUCUUCUAUGAAUAAUACGUUUAUUAUCAAAACAAGUACAAUCAUUCAUAUUUAGCAUUCUCAAAAGAAGUCAAUGCAGUCUAUAAAACCAAAUUGCACUUUUUAGUGCAAUGUUAAUCGUUUUACUCGGAAAAUAAAUUACCGUUACAUUAUAUUUAAAAAAUAAAAAAUAAAGAUGUUUUUAUUUGAAUAGUUCGUUUUCUUGUUUCAUUAUUUAAGCAAUUAACUUCACGCCCCACAACCUUCGUUGACCACGUCAAUUUUAUUACUACACUAAAAGUGCCCCGACUUUGUACGGUUGCAAUUUAUUUUAAUAUAUUAAGACCUUAGAUUAAAAUAAAAAGGGAAGAUGGGUACGGUACGCUCAUAUUAGCAUCAAAUGAAUUAUGCUCCGACUCAAAUACAUAAUUAAUUCACACACGCCCACGUCUAUAAAUAAACAUUCAAUGGAGCGAGCGAGACAGAACUGUACGCUUUCAACGCAGCGCGAGCGAAACGGCGAGUCUGUGUCCGAGUCCGCAAGGCCGAGCGAAGCGACGAGUCUACGUCAGAGUCCGCAAGGCUGAGCUGUACUGUUGUCCUUUUCUUGAUAACAAAAUGGUGAUUACGUAAAUAACGUUCACGGCAAACCUUGAUUUUUGAGAAAAAAUGUUUUUACAGCUUUACGCAUGAAAAGUGUUGCCGAGGCAUUUGUUAAUGGAUUUUCUUUUUAAAUUUGUGUUUAUUUUGAACUAAUUUUGAAUAGUAAUAUUGUUUUUUUUUGUUGACGGUGGAAAAUCCAUUUACGGACCAUGGCGCGUGACGUGUGUGGGACGACGGUCCUACCCACUAAAAACCACCGGUACCCUCCAACGCCCAUGUGGCGGCGUCUCAAGAUCGGCGCACCUUAGUGCACACUAACCACUUCACUGGGACGCCCCCGGGCCGGCCCGGUCCAAAAUUUAUAUAGUAUGAUAUUGGUUUACAUGGAUAUGUGUAUAGUAUGUUAGAAGGUGUUACAAAAUUAAGAAAAGAAAUAAAAAUUUAAAUAUAGAAAAACAUUUAUUUCCUCAUGCUUCUUUACACAUCAGAAAUGGUUGUAUGGCAAUUUGAAGAUCAGAGUCGAAAGGAAUUUCAUGAAUAUAUUUUGAAAAAGUCAUCACAAUCUUAUAGAUACUUCUUUUUACUGCCGAAAUAAGAGCCGAUUUAAUUUUGAUUGCUACUGUAUCAUUUAAAAUAUGCUUCCUAUGAAUCAAACCAGGCUUUGUCAGUUUAUCUAUGCUUUGUUUGAGAUUCACCAUUGUAGAUAAAAUUAUGGGCAAAUCUGUUUGUACUAUUCCAUAAUUAUCUUCUUUUAGGGAUGCUGCUGCAAUAAAGGCUAAGCCUUCACAUGUCCACAUUACUGGUUGAGCUUGCAUCAAUAAAUAUUUCAGUCUUGUGUCUGCAAGUUCUCCAAAGAAGUAAUUUAUUCCAGGUUUUUGACACAACUUAUUCAGGAAUAAUUUGAAUUCUUCUUUAGCAAUAUCAGCAAAAGAAUUUUCAAUUUUAUUUUUAUUAUGAUCUUUCAAUUCAAGUAACUCCGGUGAUUGAGCCAUAUUACGCAGGUGGCUGGAGUACAUGCCAACAAAUGGUGUUACAUUCAUUAUGUUAGCAUUCUUCUUCAAUUCAUUUUCCACCAUUCUUCCAUCUCCAUUUAUAUUGUCUAAUUCCUUAAUGAAGUCAUUCAACAUAGUUAAACAUCUUUCCAAUAAAUUAUUCCAGUUUCUCGGAUGUCCACCAGGUUGGGAGAGUGUAAAAAUUUGCUGCCUUCUCACUGAAUCAGUCAUGGCCAUUAUUCUUAAAUCCUGCGCACCUAAGUAUCCAUUAAAUUGCGAUCUUUGAGCCAAAGCAUUAUGCAAAGUGAGAUUAAAAUCAGAUACUAUUGGGAACUUUAAUGGUUCCGUUAAGACAAUGUUAAAAAUAGUUCUCAUUGUGUAUACAGAUACCAGGAACAGACUUGUGUAAAACCAUAGACCAAUCCAUAUUCCUGAUCUAAUCAAGUUUAUUAAAUUAUCCAGUGGAGGGUCUUCUAAAUACAAACUGUAGACAUCAGAAACAACACUUCUCGGUUUGCUACCCCACAAAUAAUAAAAUAUACAGAAGUAUGCUACUGGGGCAAUAGAAUUUUUAAAUCCAAUUGAGAUUAUGUUGCUGAUAGCAAGCUUUAUUUGUUGGAACUUCUCUUGGUAUAUAUGUGGAAACAUCAGAAUUGUUGUACCAAAUGUAUGCACAUUCAAAAAAUAAUACAGGCCCAUCCACAUCCCACCAAACUGUAAGAACAAACUCUGUUCCACCAAACAUUGUCCCUCAUAUUGAGCACAUUGUUUUUUCAAAAUGCUGAAAUUACUUUUGGCCAACGAUGAAUACAAACUCAUUGUAAAAUAACCACUCAAAGCAUAUAACACGCUAAAAACAAUAUUUUGCAUUGAAAACAUGUUGAUGAGCAUUGAGAAUCGCGUAAAAUACUUAGGUGAGGGCAUCAUGUAAUAAUUUCCAUAAACAUAGGCUUGAAAAAAUGAUACUAAUGCAAGAAGUAUUAAGUUUAGUAACAUUUUCCAACCAAGUAUAUCUUGAAUGGUCGAUGAUAUCCAUGUCAACGGAAGCAGUAUAUUUACUUGAAUGACAAACACCAACAAUAUUGCAAGAAGAGUCUGAAGACCGAUAUUCCAAAUCACAGCAAUAAUCAGUCUUUGCGAAAAGAUUUCGCUUUUUGGCUCCAUACCGGCAACUCAGAUCAAACCGGCAAUGCGAGGUUAGUAAAUAAUUUAUUUAUCAAAAUAACAUGAUGGAGGACACUUCAAUAAAUACUGAACAUUAUUAUAAACUACUAGGCACUAUUUAAGUACUUCAUAAAAGUCUGAAAAUUAAUUUAGCAGAAAGAAAUUAGAAAUACAACGGUUAAUAAUUACAAAUUUUCCGGUACUACUCUUUGUUACAAAUGCACAAUUUUUUUUUUGUUCUAUGUUCCCUAUUGGGAAAGGCAAAGGCAAAGUCAUGCAGCCAUCAUCUUAUUUUUGUAUUAAUUUUCCUUUUUUACAUUAGAAUGUGGGUGUGACGCAUUCUAAUGUUUCUUGGAGUGUUACAAAUGCACAAAUGGCAAUUUCAGGAUGACAGACGUCAAAAGUGCAGGGGCAGGGCGCCCUUUCGAUUUCAAACAGAAAAACUAAAAUAAAAUGCUCAAUGCAACGUUUUACCCACAGACAGCUACUAAGGACCCUGAAUGAAAAUGUAUGCAGCUUAAGGUGUCGAUUCUGGCAUGAUUCUCUAAACUUAAAACUAAAUCUAAAAUUUGUAAAGUCUCUCCUUUUCAUUCUGUGAAGAGAAUGACAAGGAUAUAAUGUUAUUAAAUUAAUGUUUAGAUUUACAGAAUCACGCCAGAAUCGACCUUUGUCAUAAAGCGUAGAUUCUGAACGCAGCCAAUGCGUUCCAAGCAUGUUCCAAC